GACAUUAAAGAGUGCCUGCGGUUUAAUAUUUAUGGCUACGAAGGUGCAUUUUCAGGAGCCCACUGUGAUGUUCUCUCGGGGACAUGGGUCCAUCCCAUUUUCGGUAUUAAGCGGUGGUAUUGGAUCCAUCCUAAGGACAUGACUGAACGCGACUGGAAAGACCUUAGCCGAGAUGCACAUGACUGGCUUCCACGAAGAAACAUAGUUCGUGCUAUAACACUUCGACCUGGGCAGACUUUUGUCAUGCCUCCUGGUCACUUGAUAGUUCACGCGGUACAAACUAUCGAACCCAGCGCGAUGGUAGGUGGCAUGUUCUGGGACUCAGCUUGUGUUGUCAAACAAGUCAAAUGCCUUGAACAUAUACUGAGAUGCCCGAAUAUCUCAAACGAACCAUCGCCAAUCGAUCUUGGAGACGUUCUGGAUGAGCUGGUUGCCCUAAUUAGAGAAAAGAUGCCCCAAGUUUUACCUGAACUUCAGCAGGAAAUCAAAGCCGUUCGCAAAAUGCGAUGCGACUGUAGGGUGUGUGGUGAGUCGUGUCCAUGCUCUCAAAAC